AGCUUGGCGAUCGUUGACAAUUAUUUCUACAGCAACCCCCCACCGUACACCUUGCUCGAAAUUAUCACCGGUUUUAUAUUCAUUCCGCACUAUGCACUACACGUUUUUCACUUUCACAACUAUUAUGAAGUCUUGCAAUGUGACUUAAUAUAGCGCUACUAUUAAUAUAGCCAAUGCCAUGCGUAUUCUCUUAGAAUAGUUUCAUUCCUAUUCAUUUCUUAAAUUAUAUUACAUUUCAUUUUGAAGGAGUAUUUUCGAAACCAUUCCUAAAAAAAAGACAGCUGGUUAGUUUCAUACACAUGGCAUGUUUGAAUAGGGCGGCAUGGCAAAUUGUACUGUAGCUUACUGACAUUCUUAACAUGCCAUAGACAUGAAAUGGAUUGAAAUAACACGACAUGAAAUGGAUUGAUAACACUUGCUGAAGUCUUAAAAUUAAAAAAAGAAUAAAAAUGACUCACUCUUUCGAAUAAAAAAUAAUAUUUUAUAAAAGUAACUUUUCUCCAAAGGAUUAUGUUUUCAAACCUUCCUCAUUGCAUAUGAGAUGAACUAUCUUUUGAUGUUGUUGUUGUUGGUGAUGUUACCGCCUUCAUCCUCAGCCCUCGGUACAUUUGAACUACAAAUCUUGAGUAUACAUAACUACAGGGGUGAGGUGGCGGAUGGUUCUUGCUGCGGUGGUUUCCGCUCGGACGAUGGGUCUUGUCCAUUGCCCUGUAAGACUGCCUUCCGACUUUGUCUGAAAGAAUACCAAACUGAUGUGAAAACAAGUGGCGUCUGCACAUUUGGUAAUCAGUCUACUGAAGUAGUGGCUGCAAAUUCAUUUUCUGUAGAAUCUCAACCCUCCAAAGAAGUUAUUCUAAAAUUACCUUUUACAUUCAGGUGGACGAGAUCAUUUACUUUCAUAUUGGAUGCAUUGGAUAGUGUGAAUGAAAAUGCUUUCCGAAUAAUUGAACGCAAAGUAUAUUCUGGAAUAAUUCUACCCAGUACAGAAUGGCAUACACUAGUUUAUAGGGGUAGUGCGGCCAAGAUCAAUUUCCGUAUCAGAGUGGUGUGCGGUCCUUAUUAUUACAACAGCACCUGUACAGUAUUCUGUAAGGCAAGGAAUGACAAGUUCGGACAUUACACCUGCGACGAGAAGGGAGAAAAAAUAUGUUUAGAAGGAUGGAAGGGGGAGACCUGUGAACAAGCUGUGUGUAAAGAAGGGUGUCAUGCUGAACAUGGAUACUGUGAACAGCCCGGGCAAUGCCUGUGCAGACAUGGAUGGAAAUCUGAGUUGUGUGACAGGUGCGUCCCUUAUCCAGGAUGCAAACAUGGCUACUGCAGUGGAAAUCCGUGGGAGUGCAUAUGCGAAGUGAAUUGGGGAGGCAUCAUGUGCGAUCAAGAUUUGAAUUAUUGUGGAAAUCAUCAUCCUUGUCAAAAUUCUGGAUUAUGUGAAAAUAUAGCUCCGGAUGCGUACCGGUGCACGUGCUCUCAAGGUUUUUCCGGAACUAACUGUGAAAUAGAUAUCAAUGAAUGUGAUGCUUCUUCAUGUUUAAAUGGAGGUACUUGCAUUGAUCUCGUGGAUGGUUAUCGUUGUCUCUGUUCUCCUGGAUGGGAGGGCGCCACUUGUCAAAAAGAUAGUGACGAGUGUGAGGAAGAGCCGUGUGUGAAUGCAGUGAGAUGUGAAAAUCACGAUGGUUCAUACGAAUGUCUGUGUCGAGAGGGAUGGGAAGGAAAGAAUUGCACCCUCAACAUAGACGAUUGCAUCGGACACUGCCAGAAUGGUGCAACAUGCAUCGAUUUGGUCAACGAUUACCACUGUGCUUGCCUUCCAGGAUUCACCGGCAGGGAUUGUCAGACCAACAUCAAUGAAUGUGCCAGCAACCCUUGCACCAAUGGUGGAGAAUGUGUGGACUUGAUUUUCGGUUUUCGUUGCAUUUGUCCAGUUGGAUACAAAGGAAUACGAUGCGAGGUGGACGUGGAUCUUUGCAAUCCCGAUCCUUGCCAAAAUGGUGCUUCCUGUUUCAACAUGAAUACAGAUUAUUAUUGCCAUUGUCCAGAUACAUAUUUUGGAAAGAAUUGUUCUUAUACUGAAGGAAUUGACAGCUGUUUAGCGUCUAUCAAUUCAACAGGUGGUUCGCAUUUUGUGAGGAGCAACGUUUGCGGUGAGCAUGGAAAAUGCAUAAGCGAACCAUUUUCAGAUUUUAGCUGCGUUUGUGAUCCUGGAUUUACGGGUCGUUAUUGUCACGAAAACAUCAAUGAUUGUGCAUCUCAUCCCUGUCGAAAUGGUGGAACUUGCAUGGAUGGAAUAAAUUCUUAUUAUUGCAUCUGUCCAGACGGAUGGGAAGGAAUGACAUGCAAUGUUGAUAAAAAUGAAUGUGAUUCGAGCCCGUGUCUGAAUAAUGGAACAUGCAUCGAUGCAGAAGCAGGAUUCUGGUGUGAAUGCAAGCAGGAAUGGAAAGGAAAAACAUGCCAUUUGAAACACAGUCACUGUGAUCUCACAACGUGUCAUAAUGGUGGUAGUUGCCGUGACAUAGGGGAUACAUUUCACUGCACAUGCGCAGAUGGAUGGACAGGACAUUCUUGCCACAUUCGUAUAAAUCCUAGUUGCAAAUCGAAUCCUUGUCAAAAUGGAGGAACGUGUGUGAACAGUGAGAACAGUUUCGUGUGCAUAUGCAGAGAUGGAUAUGAAGGACCCACAUGCCAAUACAAUGUGGAUGACUGUAAACCGAAUGCCUGCUACAAUGGAGGUCAUUGCAUCGAUGGUAUCAAUUGGUUUCUCUGUGAAUGCAGAUCUGGAUUCACGGGACCUGAUUGUCGGAUAAACAUUAAUGAAUGUGCAUCAUCACCAUGUCAAGGAGGAUCGACGUGUGAAGACGGCAUCAAUGAUUUCCGAUGCCUUUGUCCAUCAGGCAAAACUGGUAAACUCUGUGACGUGGAGUUAGAAGAGAUAAAUUAUUUUGCAGAAGUGAAAAAAUCGUGUGAGUUUCAAGGUGAAAUUAAAAGUGAAGGCAGCCAAUGGCAAUACGAAUGCAAUAGCUGUUUCUGUCAAUAUGGAAAAGUUAUAUGUUCAAGGGUUGCCUGUGAAAAGAAAGUGUGCGAUCCCCGAAAUCCUUUUGAUGAAUGUCCAUCCGGUCAAACGUGCGUUCCAAAUUUCUGUUCUUCCCUUCCUUGCCUAAUAAAGGGUCAAUGUUUAUCAGAAAAAAGUAUUCAUCUGUAUUUAUCGGAUCAUUUAUCGCCGCCACAUUGUCAACCAUUCAACUCAAUUGUAUCAAAUAAGUGCGCAAAAUUAUCCAUUCAAUUCGAAGGAGGAAUAAUGCCAUUAUUUUUGAACACUGCUAAACUGUGUUUGGAUGUACAGAAAUUUAUCUGGUCCUUGGUAACUAUACCCGUAUUUGCUCAAUGCGCUGAAAAGCAGAACACAAUUGAAAUAACAGUGUCUACUGAAAUGAAAGGACUUCAAAACAUAAUUCAGAAUGUGGAAGAGUUUAUUCAGAAAAAUCUGGCAUCGCAAGUCACGGCAGAAACAUUCAUCACUUCAACCUCUCUCUCAGAAGGUGAUCAACGAUAUGUCGUACUUUUAGUGACGCUAGGGACGGUGGCCUUUGUACUGAUUGCAAUCACCGUGGUGGCGUACCGACAUUUUUACACACUGAGCCAUUGCUAUGAAAGUGAAAUGGUGGAAUCUAGGAAUAAUGAAAACAUUGACAAUUGGAUGAGAUACUUGGACAAGCUCAAACCACCUUCAGAUGAAAGUAUAAAUGAUUUGAACAACGAGCCAAGCAAGGCAAUGAAGACUGAAACGAAUGCAGUUUUUAAUGAGUCUUUUGAGAAGAACUUUCAAAGAAAUGACUUUAAUCUGUACGCUUUUAAUCACAAAGAAAUAAUCAUUUAAUAAAUAAACACAUUUCAAAACAA